AUGGAGUGGGGAAAGAACAGAGAGAGGAGAGAAAGAACGAACAGAGAGCAGAGGGGCUCGGGCGGCGAUGUAGUGAAGGGGUAUGGCGCCCCGGGGCGGGGCGUCAUGUCACAGCCCAUGGCGCCUUGGGCCGAGGCGUCAUGGGCCCAAGGCCAAGCCGACGUAGCAGUCAGCGCCGACGCGCAUGGCGCUGUUGACCAAGGCGUUAUGUUAUCUAGCAUGGCGCCCCGGGUGCGGGCGUCAUACAGUUAA